UUGGUGCUUGGAAACUCUCUCUCGGCCAUUUUAGUGUAAACUCACAUGGCUCAGGCAGGCAUGGCAGUCGAGAUGAGAUUACCCGCGAAGAAACGGACGUUUGUGCCGACUUCUCGGUCCGGCUCGGACGGGAAACACCUGGUAGUUCCGGGUGAUGUGAUCACAUCAGACACAGGGUUUAUGAGAGGUCAUGGAACGUACAUGGACGAUGAAAAACUCACCGCUUCAGUGGCAGGUGAGGUGGAACGAGUCAACAAACUCAUCUGUGUGAGACCCCUAAAGACGAGGUUUAAUGGUGAAGUCGGUGACAUUGUCGUUGGUCGAAUCACUGAGGUUCAGCAAAAACGCUGGAAAGUGGAGACAAACUCUCGACUGGACUCUGUAUUGCUUCUAUCUUCAGUCAAUCUUCCUGGAGGAGAGUUGAGGAGGCGAUCGGCAGAAGAUGAACUUUCCAUGAGAGACUACCUUCAAGAAGGGGACCUCAUAAGUGCAGAGGUACAGUCUGUGUUUUCAGAUGGAGCCCUCUCCCUUCACACACGCAGCUUGAAGUACGGCAAGCUGGGUCAGGGUGUGUUUGUGCAAGUAUCGCCCUCGAUUAUCAAGAGACAGAAAACGCAUUUCCACAAUCUGACAUGUGGAGCGUCCAUCAUACUUGGGAACAACGGAUAUAUUUGGAUUUACCCCACACCGGGGCAACAAGACGAAGAGGCAGGAGGGUAUUUUACAAGUAUGGAGCCUGUCCCUAUUUCUGACCGGGAAGUCAUUUCUAGACUAAGGAACUGUUUACUGGCUCUGGCAGCGCACAAAGUAAUGCUGUACGACACCAGCAUCCUCUACGGCUAUGAAUCCUCUCUGACACACCAGGUUAAAGACAUCCUGAAACCAGAGGUCAUGGAGGAAAUUGUGAUGGAGACACGGCAACGACUUCUUGACCAAGAGGGUUGAAGUCAACCAACAGUCAGUCAGAAACAUGAAGAUGAGAAUAUGAGUUCUCACAAAAGAACAAAAUUUAAAUAAAGACUCAGGGACAACAUUGUCACCAGUAACAAUCACAAAUUCUCACCUGUAAAGAAACAUGUAUUCUUGCUUUCUUCUUUUUUUUUUUUAUCCUUUACUGGUUCAACUCGUUCUAUGUAAAAUCUCUAAGAUUUCUAAUAUUAACUAAUACUGCAUCUGUACUGGAUCUCACGGACAAUAGCUGCAACAUAUGAGAACAGAACUGAAAAGCUGUUUACUUAAAACUUGUUUCUAAUGAAGUUUAAGGGCACAUUUUAAAUACAUGACUAAAUGAUGUUAGAAUUGGCAGUGUUGUACAUCGUAGCAAAUCUGCUUUUGUAGGAUUUUAUCUCUAAUUUUCCAGAAGUGGAGCAAAACAGGAAGAGUGGGUGAUGUGACCAAAAAUAUAUAAUCACAAUACUCAAAAUAGUAAUUUCUAAUUCAAGUUUGUAAUAUUUUAAAUAAAUAUUUAGACGAUUUAGAAUAAAAUUUUGGAAGAAGAAAAAAAGUCACAAAAAAAGAGAUCACAAUACCGUUCAUAUCUCAGAAAGACCUACUAGAUACGAAUACAGUAAUUUUGCAGUGACUCAGCUACCCUAUCAAAAAGGAUUAUCAUUUCUGAAAAGUCAAGUAUAUAAAUUUAAAGCUUUGUCUGCUGAUGCAUUCGAAGAACUCGUAAGUACGAUAUAGAAAUAUUUUUUGUAUGUAUUAUAUGUAUAAAUGUUGAUUGAUGAAAUAAAAUGUUUCAUUCUUUUCUCA